AUGUUGGCUUCCCGUGUUUUUGCCCGUACCAUGGCCGCCGCUGCCAAGUCCGCUAAGCCUCCAGUGCAAUUGUUCGGUGUCGACGGAACCUACGCCAAUGCCUUGUACUCUGCUUCCGUGGAGCAGUCCUCUGUUGACUCUUCCUACCAGGGAUUGACCAAGGUCGCUGACUUGAUCAAGCAGGACAAGAAGGUUUCCGAGUUCUUGACCAACCCAGCUUUGAACCGUGACGACAGAAAGACCGUCAUUGACACCAUCUCCAAGUCUUUGUCUUUGGACAAGACCGUGCACAACUUCUUGGGCGUUUUGUCUGAGAACAACAGAUUGGCUGAGUUCGACAACAUCUACAAGAACUUUGGCUCUUUGUACGAGGCCUACCAGGGUGUCGUUGAGGCCAGAAUCACUUCUUCCAAGCCAUUGGACAACAAGACUUUGAAGAGAUUGCAAGCUGCCAUCCAGAAAUCUUCUUUCGUUGGUGACGGCAAGACCCUUAAGAUCAACAGCGUGGUCUCUCCAGAGAUCUUGGGUGGUUUGGUUGUCGAGGUUGGCGACAAGACCCUUGACUUGUCCAUCUCCAGCAAGGUCGCCAGGUUGAACCAGACUUUGGGUGAGGCUUUGUAA